AUGUCUAAACCAGAGACACCAAACGUCUUUAAACCAGAGACACCAAACGUCUUUAAACAAGAGACACAAAACGUCACUAGACAAGAGACACCAAUCGUCACUAAACCAGAGACACCAAACGUCUUUGAACCAGAGACACCAAACGUCUUUGAACCAGAGACACCAAACGUCUUUGAACCAGAGACACCAAACGUCUUUGAACCAGAGACACCAAACGUCACUAAACCAGAGACACCAAACGUCUUUGAACCAGAGACACCAAACGUCACUAAACCAGAGACACCAAACGUCACUAAACCAGAGACACCAAACGUCACUAAACCAGAGACACCAAACGUCACUAAACAAGAGACACCAAACGUCACUAAACCAGAGACACCAAACGUCUUUGAACCAGAGACACCAAACGUCACUAAACCAGAGACACCAAACGUCACUAAACCAGAGCCACCAAACGUCUUUAAACCAGAGACACCAAACGUCACUAGACAAGAGACACCAAUCUUCACUAACCCAGAGACACCAAACCUUACUAAACCACAGAGACCAAACGUCACUAAACCAGAGACACCAAACGUCACUAAACCAGAGACACCAAACGUCACUAAACCACAGACACCAAACGUCACUAAACCAGAGACACCAAACGUCACUAAACCAGAGACACCAAACGUCACUAAACCACAGACACCAAACGUCACUAAACCACAGACACCAAACGUCACUAAACAAGAAACACCAAACGUCAUUAAAGCACAGACAUCAAACCUCUUUAAACCAGAGACACCAAACGUCACUAAACCACAGACACCAAACGUCUUUAAACAAGAAACACCAAACGUCAUUAAAGCACAGACAUCAAACCUCUUUAAACCAGAGACACCAAACGUCACUAAACCAGAGACACCAAACGUCACUAAACCACAGACACCAAACGUCAUUAAAACACAGACAACAAUCAUGUCUAAACCAGAGACACCAAACGUCUUUUAA